CACGGGGAGCACGACACGCGUGUCCCGGGGUCCCGGAGCGUGGGAGAAGGCCGCCGGAGAGCCACGGGGGGCAGCGGCGCCAGGGCAGGAGUAGCCGCUUUCGCCACCGGCGCCGUGGCCCCGCCACGGUCUCCCCAGGCCCGGCCCGGCUCUCCCCGCCACGGCCGCCGGCGCCCCGGUCCCUUGGGCGGGCUCACACACGCCUCCCACGGCCGAGGGCGGACCGGGGUGGCCGCGGGAGCCGUCCCGCCUCACCGCGCACAGGGCCGGGCGGAGACGGCGGGAGCACAGGGGUCGGGCAGAGCGGCGCGGCGGCUGGGCCCGCCAUGGUGCUGGUGGUGGUGAUGGGCGUGAGCGGCUCCGGGAAGACCACGGUCGGGUCGCGGCUGGCAGCCAAGCUGGGAUGGAAGUUCUAUGAUGCAGACGAUUAUCAUUCUCCUGAGAACAAAAAGAAGAUGGCAGAAGGAAUACCACUAAAUGAUGAGGACAGGAUUCCCUGGCUUUGUGCAUUGCAUGAUACACUACGGAGAGAAGACUCAUCUAGACAAGAUGCAAUUCUGGCCUGUUCUGCACUGAAGAAGAUGUAUAGGCAGGUAUUGGUUAGUGGAGCAUCUGCAAUUGAAAGCAACCAGUCACAGCAACCAGGAGAAAACGCAGCACUGAAGAUCCUCUUUGUUCAUUUGGAUGGGCCUAUGGACAUCAUUGCUGGCCGCCUGGAGAAGAGGAGAGGACAUUUUAUGCCACCUGAGCUUCUCAAGUCUCAGUUUGAUACUCUGGAGCCUCCUAGUGCACCAGAAAGCUUUAUUACUGUGAGUCUAGAAAAAUCUCUCCCUGAAAUAGUGCUGGAGAUCGAGCGUGCCAUUUCUCAGCAUGAGGCUUUUCUGGAGUAAGUUUUGGAAUUACACAUAGAGAAAUUCCCUUAAGGAUAUCAAGGGUAUGAAACAGCAUUUUUAUAUUAUUAAAUUGAUUAUUAAACCAACUUUCCCCCUCACCCCCAUAAUUAAACAGACUGGAAUGUUAAGAGCUGGUUUACUAGUGUUAGUAUUUUUAUCAUGGCCAUGUAAAGGACAUAUAAGAUUAAAUUUUUGAAAACUGAUAACUUUUUAAACCUUUCACUGUAUGAAAUUAAAACUCUCAUUCUAGGAAGAGCCUGCUUUUGAAAAUCCUUCCAGUGGUCACACAUUAAGUUCUUAAUUUUAAUUUUUACUCUGUCAAAGAUAGAUGAUGGGCUAGUAAAUGAUGAAAUAAUUUACAGCUUUGUUAGAGAAAAUAUAUUUAUUUUUCUAGAAGUGUAAGAGGCAGGAACAUGCAUGAUGAAGUUCCACACCUGACACUGCCACUGUCUCACUGCCAGAUUUUCAACACGUUGUAGCUUCUGUGUUUGUGCCCUUACUAACCUCACCAGGGCACUGGUGACUCCAUGAGAGCUUUUGUGAACUUGUAUGUAUUGAACUGAAAAAUGUAAGAAAAAAAUGUAGUGGUGGUGACGUAAUAUACAAAAUAUAAUUGUAUGGAAAGCUUUAGAAAUAAAGUGCAAGUGGCAUCA